AUGACUAAUUCUAUUCCUUCACCACCACGCUUUCGAGAAGAUUUAAUCUCGAGAAAUUCUACCUUUGCAGACGAAAGGUCCAUCAAAGCAUCAGCAGAAAGAUGCCGUGACUCUCUGUCCGCGGCUAAGGGGCUUGGCACGAAAAGGCGAGUAGGAAGAGAUUACGAAGGGCAUCGAAAUACCAAAACCGGAAAGCCAGCCUAA